AAUAUAAAAGGAAGUCCAAAAAUAAAAUGAGAUAAAAAAAAAAGGUUAGAAAUCUGAAAGACAUGGCUUCAAUAUCUGCUGCUAUCUCAGCCUCAUUGCCAACAGUAUGCACUUCACAACAUCAUGUCUCCAAGAAGAAACAGCAUGCUCAUUAUCAAGCCAGACCCGCCUAUUCCUUCCCGGCCCCGGAAGUCGUUAGUACUAUCAAUGUUGAUGGUGGGGGUCGGGACAGUUUCGACACUGCUGAACGACACGGUAGAGACAAGCUAAAUGAAGAUACUGAUGCAUGGAACCAUGGAGAAAGGUUCACAGAUGAGAGAUGGAAAAAUGGGACAUGGGAUCUUAAUAUGUUUGUGAAGAAUGGCAAGAUGGAUUGGGAAGGUGUCAUUGUUGCAGAGGCAAAGAGGAGGAAGAUUCUUGAAAUAUAUCCAGAAGCAGCUACAAAUCAGCAUCCAGUGCUCUUCAGAAGCUCCAUCAUUCCAUGGUGGGCAUGGCUCUCAAACUCAUACCUCCCACAGGCAGAGCUACUUAAUGGUAGGGCGGCAAUGUUAGGGUUCUUCGUGGCCUACGUAGUAGAUGCAUUAACAGGAAUUGGAAUAGUUUGGCAAAGUGGUAAUUUCCUAUGCAAAUCAGCUCUUUUUGUAACCGUCAUUAGUGUGUUACUGUUUAGGCAAACUGAGGAUGCUGAGGGCUUGAGAAAGCUAGCUGAAGAAGCCACCUUCUAUGACAAGCAAUGGCAAGCUUCCCGAGUCGAGAAAAAAAAUAAUAUUUAUGUCUUAUUUGAUAACGAUUUCACUCUAUUUUAUAGGAGUACUUUUGAGAUCUUACUCAAAUAUAUAAAWUGCAACAACAUAAUCAGGGCCCACUUGAUGGGUUGGGAAAUGGCUCAGGUGGAUGAAUUUAGAGGACACACGCCUAUGGAUUGA